UAAUUCAUGCUACUAUAUAGGGAGAAACUGUCUCUGUGGUCGGUGUCAUAUCUCCAUCAUGAAACUGUGUCUCCUUCUCGCAAUCUCCGUUGCCUACGCUGCCGCUGCCCCCGCCGAACGUAUCGUUGGGGGGUCGGAAGCUACCCCUCACACCUGGCCAUGGCAGCUCUCUCUCCGACGUCAGGGAAGCCACAUCUGUGGAGCGGCCAUCCUGACAGCGAACUACGCAGUGACCGCUGCCCACUGUGUGGAUGGACAGGUUGAAUCUGACAUGUCAAUCGUAGCAGGCGGGCACAGUCUUCAGAACCCAUCAAUGUUCGAGCAGGCCAUCGACGUAACCUAUGUCAUGCACCCGAGCUACAAUGGCGACGCACUCGGAUUCCCUAAUGACAUUGCUAUUCUGAGACUGGCGACGCCUCUGGAAUUUAAUGAUGGUGUUCAACCGGCAAAUCUCGUUCCCGAUGACUCGAAGGAUUUUGCAGGGGAAAAAGACUGCUUCAUCACUGGAUGGGGAAAGUUAGGAGGAUCGGAGUCCGGCGUGCCAGACCUUCUGCAAGAAGUUCAGACCGACGUCGUGACCAACAGCGCUUGCAGAAGCGCACUCGGUCUAUUCCCCGGUUUGGGCCUCUCCAGCAGCCACGUCUGCGUGUACGACAGCGCCAACCAAGCCUCCGGAGCAUGCAAUGGAGACAGCGGUGGUCCCCUGGUGUGUAUGUCUAACGGUCAGUACACCUUGAUUGGUGUUACCUCCUGGGGUCUGUCUGGGUGCGCCACCGACGCCCCCAGCGUCUACACCAGGGUCUCCAAGUUCCUCGACUGGGUCAAGAGCAACUCCGAUUUGUAACAUGGAAAUAAAUAUAUAAAAAUCCUGA